GUUAAAGCGUCUAAAUGAGCCGUGCCCUUAGAAAUUCUAAAGCAUCAAGAUGGAAGACUUGUGGGAAGACAGAGAUGUCAGAUUCGAUGUGAACCCGUCGCAAAUGAAGAUGCGACCUGGGGAAAAGAUGAUUGACAGGUUAGAUGCUGUGGAAGAUACCAAAGGCAAUAAUGGAGAUCGAGGCCGUAUAAUUGUCACAAAUCUAAGGAUCAUUUGGCACUCGCUCAACAUGCCUCGAGUCAAUUUAUCUAUUGGAUUUAACUGUGUGAUAAAUAUUUCAACAAAGACAGCCCAGUCAAAAUUAAGGGGUACUACUGAAGCUUUGUAUGUUUUGACAAAGUGCAAUACCACCAGAUUUGAAUUUAUCUUCACAAAUUUAAUCCCAGGGUCACCUCGUCUGUUCACCACAGUCAUAGCAGUACACAGGGCUUACGAUACAUCCAAGUUAUACCGUGAUCUGAAGCUACGUGGUGCACUGGUUCAUAACAAACAGCUGCGACUUCUGCCACAGGAACAGAUCUACGACAACGUGAAUGGAGUAUGGAAUUUAUCUAGUGAUCAGGGUAAUCUUGGGACAUUCUUCAUCACAAAUGUACGUUUGGUGUGGCAUGCAAACAUCAACGAGUCUUUCAACGUCAGCAUCCCAUACCUACAGAUGAGAUCUGUGAAAAUCAGAGAUUCCAAAUUUGGAUUAGCCCUUGUUGUGGAAAGCUCUCAACAGAGUGGAGGCUUUGUGUUAGGGUUCAGAAUCGACCCUGCCGAGAAACUACAGCAGGUUGUAAAGGAGAUACAGAGCUUACAUCGUGUCUACAGUGCUUGUCCUCUCUUUGGUGUUGAGUUCGAAACUGAAGAAAAGCUGGACGACAGUCAGGACCUGUCCGUGGAGCGUGUACAGGAUGACGUGGAGAUAGAAAAUGAAGGAUCAUCUGAUGCCUUUGCUGCCUACUUUGCGGAUGGUAGUAAGGACAAGGAUCGCGACCCUGUGUACUCGGAGGAGCUUGGGCUGGCAAUAGAAAAAUUACGAGAUGGAUUCACACUCCAUGGUCUGUGGGAUGUGCUUGGAUAAGUCUUUAAACAUGCUUGAAUCAGAGAGAUAUCUACUUGGUUGACAUCCUGGAUGUUUGUAAUGGUAUGACACCUGGGAAGUGCUUGAAUUACAUCCAGAAUGUGUUUAAAUGACAUCUGGGACAUACAUGUACUUUGAUGCAUGUAACUUGUAAGAUCUAGUCACAUUUUUUUGUGACAUUUGUGAUUGAAUCUGUUGUCAAGGGUAGAUUUGAAUUAAUUAUAUUUAUUACUGAAAAAUUGUCGAAAUUUCCAUUGCAUUUGAUUAAAUGUAUCUUUUGAGAAUCAUACAUGAAUACAAGAAAUUAAUGAUUACGUAAA